AUAAAAUCGAUUUAUCAUCAUUUCAUAGUUUGAUAAAUCACAUUUUCUUAUUUGAAUGUAUUGUUAGUAAAUCAAUAAACAACAACGUAUUGGAAACGAUUAUAUCUGAUUAUAAUAAAUAACCGGGAAACUUAAUAAUAAACAUCUUGCUUACUUGUUAUAUUAAUAUAACUAUGUGUAGAUAAUGUUUUGAGUAAAUAAGUAGUUUGUUAAUAAUGACCUUUCUUUUUAGCCUCUACCAAUGAUCUCUACUCAUAAAACAUUUUAUCGAACAGCAGCAACAAAUCUUAAUUCAACAACUCCUGUUACUAUUGCGGUAACUUGCACUACUAAUUCAAUAAGUAGUAAUAAUAUGUAUGGUGAUUCACGAGCACAUGCUCCAGUAUCAUUACUUAAACCAAUUUUUUCAAAUCACGCACAAAUUGUUCAAAAUAAUCAUACUUUACAACUUCAUCCAACACAUUCUAAUUUACCAUUAACAACAAUUUCAAUGGGUUCAUUAACCGGUAAAACUGCAAUAAAUCAUGGAUUUUAUAAUUUAUCUAUUUCUAUGCCAAAUGUAGCCCAAACAAUUACAUUAACUACAACAUCUUCAACAGUAACAAUGAAUACAAUAACACCUGCAACAACAUCAUUAUUAAAUACAAUUGAAUCUACAAAUGAAAAUUAUUAUAAAUCAUUAUUAAACUUAUCAUCAUAUUCACCAUUACAUAUCCCUAUACGUUUUAUGCGCCAAAAUACAGAUGAUCAUUCAUUUAAACAACAAUAUAAUCAAUUAAGUCAGAAGUCUAAGACAACAAUACAUUUGCCUAAUAUUUAA